CAUUCAGCAGUUCUUGUUUCAGAUGUUUCCAGGAAACACUAAUCUGAACACACAUCGAGAGCUUCAGAAGAACUGAAUCUACUAACAACAGAGAAGAUCACUGAAGAAGAGAGAAGAAUGAAGAUCAUCUGGACUUUCACUCUGCUGAUGAUUCCUGGUGUGGUGAGCUCCAUCAGAGUGAGAGGAUAUUCAGAAGGAAAAGUCAACAUCACAUGCACAUAUGAUAGAAAAUAUACUGACAAUGCAAAGUAUUUUUGUAGAGGAGAGUGGCUCACGUGCUCUGACCUCAUCAGAACCGAGACUAAAGAUAAAUGGGUUGAUUCUGGAAGAUUCUCUCUGUUUGUCGACACAAGAGCAGCAGUUUUCACUGUGACCUUCAGAAAUCUGAGUGAACAGGAUUCUGGGACGUACUGGUGUGGAGUUGAGAAACCAGGACUAGAUCCUUACACUGAAGUGAAUCUGAAGGUUGUAACAGAUGUUCCAAAUAUGACAACAUCAUCAUCAUCAACUUCUUCUGUUUUCAAACCUUCUGCAUCAGUGUCUUCUGACAUGUCCAAAGUGUUUUCAGGCUCUUCUCUGAUCAUCUUUCUGGUUCUGGUUCUUCUGGUUCUGAUCAUCAUUGGUCUCUUAUUACUGUUUAUCUAUAAGAAGCAUCAGUCUCGAGGCGGUGAUUCGUCAUCUCAGACUGGAGCAGGAAAACAUGAAGCAGUUUCUCACACUGGAUAUGUUUAUGAUGAGAUUAAAGACACUCACAAAAAAUUACCCACAAACCCCUCUGAUUCAUCUAACACUGUUUAUGCCACUGCUCAAUUACCCACAAACCCCUCUGAUUCAUCUAACACUGUUUAUGCCACUCCUCAAUUACCCACAAACCCCUCUGAUUCAUCUAACACAGUUUAUGCCACUGCUCAAUUACCCACAAACCCCUCUGAUUCAUCAGUUUACUCUACAGUUCAGGAAGCCUCUGGUGACUCUCAGAUCUUCGUCACACCUGCUGAGGAUCUGAAUUACGCCGUGGUGAAUUUCCAGAAGAAAGCAGAGUGUCCUGACAGAGUCAGUUUGAGGAAUAAUCAGGAUUACAGUGAAUACGCUGCUGUCAAUCACCUCCUUAGUUGUGAUGCUCCUUAGUUGUAAAAUUUAGAUACAGUCUUUUGGUCAGAGUUUGGUGACAGAUGCAUGCUGAUAUCUUUGUGUGAAUGUGCGGUUUGUGUUUGCUCAGUCUCUUCCUGUCAUUCAUUGUGUUUGUCGGGGAAGUCAUGGCCUAGUGGUUAUAGAGUUUAACUCCUAACCCUAAGGUUGUGGGUUCGAGUCUCGGGCUGGCAAUACCACGACUGAGGUGCCCUUGAGCAAG